GGAAUUAUUAACGCCUUGUUAAGCUAACUCUUACGAGUAGUAAACAUUUUCAUUGUAGGAGCCUCCAAAUCGUUGAUUUAGGACUUUGGCAGACAACACGUAACUGAAGGCGGGAGAAAAUGCUGCAGUUUCCGGCGUUUAUGACCCAAUUUCCGUCGUCGGAGCGGAUGAUUCCGGCGUCACUUCUUCUCCAACAUCAAUUAGCUAAUGCCCAAAACGAAGACGAACUCUUAGCUUUGGAAGAAUCUGAAUUUCUCGACAAGUGUAAUGAAAUUAAAAAGUUGAAUUGCAAUGUUGUUGUGAUCGGGAAAACAAAGGUGGAUAAUGAUAAAGAAGACAUUGAUAAUGAAGCUGAAGACGAUGAUGAAGCUGACAACGCUGAAGAAUCAGAAGGCGAGUUCGAACAGGAAACUGCCUAGUCAUUCUGGUGGACUGAAUUCAAUUUCUAUGUUGCAAAUGUCUCUCACUUUAUUUUCUAGUUCGGAAGAGCUUGUAGUAGAAACAGCUAAGUACUUGUGGAUUGAGUUCCAUUUCCACAUGAUGGUUUGGUUUAAGUGUCCUCUUUAGUGUCCUUGUAGCGAAAAUCUUGUGUUUAUAGGUGAUCUUUGUGUUUUUAGGUGAUUAGUGAGAAGACUGAGAGCAUACUCAAAAUUUGAACCUGAUUACCAUAUUGCUCCUAGUUAUAAUUGGCCCAAAAAGUUCAAGUGUUUUGGAAAGUGUUUUGUACAAGAAUUUGCCUUAGAACAAAGUUCAUCAAAUAUCUUUUUAAUACUCUCUUUUAAUGUCA